UUUGAUGCAGAAGUAAGCCGGAUUGCGUCUAAGAGGCUUUGCUCUAAGGGAGCCUAUAACAGCAUCCCUGAGAACAAUUAGUCACUUCCUGUUACGAGAGCUUCCCAGCACUUCCUGCAUGUCUCUGUUAUUUAAGGGUGUGUGCCUGCAGUUAGUUGCAGGCUUAUAAUAUCUGUUCGGCUUCAUUAGUCUGCCAGCGCUGAUCCAACAGGAUGAUUUGGAUACUUCAGCUGUUGUUUUCACCGCUCCCAACCCCUGCUUUGAUUGGUCUUAUUACUUUUGGAACAACCGUCUUCCUAUGGCUGAUAACCAAACCAAAACCAAUUUCACCCCCGGUUGACUUGAACAAGCAGUCUAUUGGCACAGAGGGAGGAGCUAGAAGAAGUGCACUUGUACCUGAAGGCAAACUUCUUUCCUACUACUUUGAGGAUGCAAAGACUUCGUAUGAAGCUUUCCGUAGAGGACGUUAUGUAUCAGAAAAUGGUCCUUGCUUGGGAUACAGAAAACCAAGGCAACCAUAUCAGUGGCUCUCUUAUCAGCAGGUUCUGGACAGAGCUGAAUACUUAGGAUCUGGUCUAAUACACAAAGGUUGUAAAGCUUCAUCAGAUCAUUUCAUUGGUAUCUUUGCUCAGAACAGGCCAGAGUGGGUCAUAUCUGAGCUUGCUUGCUAUACUUAUUCUAUGGUGGCAGUUCCCCUUUAUGACACGCUGGGCCCAGAAGCAAUUGUAUACAUUAUUAAUAAAGCUGACAUAUCUACAGUGAUCUGUGACAAACCAGAGAAGGCACAGGUGGUACUUGAGAACUGUGAACUAAAGAAGACUCCAGGACUGAAGAUAAUUAUUCUGAUGGAUCCUUUUGAAGAGAAACUGAAAGAAACAGGAGCUAAAGUGGGAGUUGAAGUUAUUUCAUUGAAAGAUAUGGAGGCACUUGGAAGAAGCAACUUGAGCAAACCAUUUCCUCCCAAACCAGAAGAUCUCAGUCUGGUCUGCUUCACCAGUGGAACAACAGGUGACCCGAAAGGAGCCUUGAUAACACAUGGGGCCGUUGUUGCCAAUGCUGCUGCUUUCAUGAAGAGCAUAGAGAUGACUUCUCCUUGCACGGCAUCAGACAUAUCCAUGUCAUACCUUCCGCUGGCUCACAUGUUUGAGAGAGUAGUGCAGACUGUGCUCUACAGCAAUGGAGGGAAAGUGGGAUUCUUCCAAGGAGAUAUCAGACUUCUAACGGAUGAUAUGAAAGUUUUGAAGCCAACAAUUUUUCCAGUAGUGCCAAGGCUACUCAAUAGGAUCUAUGACAAGAUACAAAGUGGUGCUGACACACAGUUCAAGAAAUGCUUGCUAAACAUUGCUGUGGCUAGGAAGCAUGCUGAAGUGAAACAGGGCAUCCUACGAAAUACCAGCAUCUGGGACAAGCUAGUGUUCAAGAAAAUCCAAGACAUCAUGGGUGGGAAAGUGCGGAUAGUAGUCACCGGAGCUGCUCCAAUAUCUCCAUCUGUUCUAAAAUUCCUCAGAGCAGCAUUUGGAUGUCAUGUUUUUGAAGCAUAUGGCCAGACAGAAUGCACAGCUGGCUGUACUUUCUCAUUGCCAGGAGACUGGAAAACAGGUCAUGUUGGACCCCCCCUAGCCUGCAACAUCAUAAAACUUGAAGAUGUUCCUGAAAUGAACUACUUUGCAUCAAACAAUGAAGGGGAGGUUUGCAUUAAAGGGCCAAAUGUAUUCAAAGGUUACCUGAAGGAUGACAAAAAAACAGCGGAAGCACUUGAUAACAAUGGGUGGCUUCAUACUGGAGAUAUUGGGAAAUGGCUGCCGGUAAGGGCUGAACAUAUCAAAAAUCUUGUGGGCCGAAUCUGAAAAACUUCCUUCCUUCAAAAAGAGAAGGGAGACCAAUGUUCCUAAAAUACAUAGUGCUGGAUAUAAAAGGCAAAAUCAUAUCAAGUGAUUUUGCCUUCUAGGCUGAAUUUUGGUCUAUAGAAGUAAGCAUGUCCUAUGCAGACUUGAAGCCAUAAAAAUGUGUAAUAUCACUCCAAACUUGCACUAGCCAAUUCUUUUUUAGCUGUUGCAGAACAGUGUA